UGCGCCCCCGUGGCCCGCGUGGCCCCCGUGGCCCCCGAGCCAGGCCCGUCGCCUCCCGCGCUCCGCCGCCGCCGCCGCCUGGUCGCCGGCCCUGCCAUGUCCUGGGCCGUGGUCUUCGGCCUCCUGGCCGCGCUGCUGCUGCUGCUGCUGCUGCUGAGCCGCCGGCGCACGCGGCGGCCUGGCGAGCCUCCCCUGGACCUGGGCAGUAUCCCCUGGCUGGGCUACGCCUUGGAGUUUGGAAAAGAUGCUGCCAGCUUCCUCACUAGGAUGAAGAAGAAGCAUGGUGAUAUCUUUACUGUGCUGGUGGGGGGCAGGUAUGUCACUGUCCUCCUGGACCCACACUCCUACGACAUGGUGGUCUGGGAGCCUCGCACCAGGCUGGACUUCCAUGCCUACGCCGUCUUCCUCAUGGAGAGGAUUUUUGAUGUGCAGCUUCCACAUUACAGCCCCAGUGAUGAAAAGUCUAAGAUGAAACCGACUCUCCUCCACAAAGAACUCCAGGCACUCACAGAAGCCAUGUAUACCAACCUCCGCACUGUCCUGCUGGGCGACACCAUGGAAGCGGGCAGUGGCUGGCAUGAGAUGGGACUCCUCGAAUUCUCCUACGGCUUCCUGCUCAGAGCCGGCUACCUGACUCUGUAUGGCGUCGAGGCACCGCCACACACCCAGGAGAGCCAGGCCCAGGACCGCGUCCACUCAGCCGACGUCUUCCACACCUUCCGCCAGCUCGACCUGCUGCUCCCCAAACUGGCACGUGGCUCCCUGUCAGUGGGGGAUAAGGACCAGGUGUGCAGGGUCAAAGGUCGCCUGUGGAAGCUGUUGUCCCCAGCCAGGCUGGCCAGCCGAGCCCACCGGAGCAAAUGGCUGGAGAGUUACCUGCUGCACCUGGAGGAGAUGGGCGUGUCGGAGGAGAUGCAGGCACGGGCUCUGGUGCUGCAGCUCUGGGCCACACAGGGGAACAUGGGUCCUGCUGCCUUCUGGAUCCUGCUCUUCCUCCUCAAGAACCCCAAGGCCCUGGCUGCCGUGCGUGGAGAGCUUGAGCCUAUCCUUUCUCAAGCAGAGCAGCCCAUUUCGCAGAUGACCACCCUCCCACAGAAGGUUUUGGACAGCAUGCCUGUGCUCGACAGCGUGCUGAGUGAGAGCCUCAGGCUCACUGCUGCACCCUUCAUCACCCGUGAGGUCGUGGCAGACCUGGCCUUGCCCAUGGCAGAUGGGCGGGAAUUCACCCUGCGACAUGGUGACCGCCUCCUCCUCUUCCCCUUCCUGAGUCCCCAGAAGGACCCAGAGAUCUACACAGACCCAGAGGUAUUUAAAUACAACCGAUUCCUGAACCCUGAUGGAUCAGAGAAGAAAGACUUUUACAAGGAUGGGAAGCGACUGAAGAAUUACAGCAUGCCGUGGGGAGCAGGGCACAACCAGUGCCUGGGCAGGGGUUACGCCAUCAGCAGCAUCAAGCAAUUCGUGUUCCUUGUGCUGGCGCUCUGUGACCUGGAGCUGAUCAGCCCGGACGUGGAGAUGCCCGAGUUUGACCUCAGCAGGUACGGCUUCGGGCUGAUGCAGCCAGAACACGACGUGCCCGUCCGUUACCGCAUCCGGCCCUGAGCUCUGGGGCAGACGGGGCUCCACACACCCAGCCUGCCCCCAGUUGCCCAACGUUCUGUGCCUGCGUUUGGCCCGCGUGCAGAGCUUUGAACACCCAACGGUGCCGGCAUAACCCCUUCCCUGCUUUUUUUUCAGAAGGCUGUGCCUGGGGGCGGGGGGGAAAGAUGGGGAGCAAAGACAGCAAACCUUCUACGGGUUAUCUGCUGCAAGGGUUAAGUUCCCAAAUGAGACUUUCCGCUCCCAGCUCCUCUUGCUCCUCUCACCUUUGUGAUAUCACUAAAGAUAGGGCAGACAGGGCAGAACCACGAGACCCCACUGCUCUGCCCCCAGCCCCCGAGGAGCUGCCGUCCAAGGCCCUGACAGGGGUGUGGUCCGGGCCCUUACCAGUCAGAGCAGGUACUGGCCAUGAAAAGACCAUGUGGGGCCUAGCAGGGUGUCUGUUGAAAUAAAUUCUGUCCCCAAAUUAUUAUUAAACUACCUAAAGCCAAAGAGUCCCUUAGAAUAGCUGCUUUCCUGGUGCGCCACUCACUAGACACUUCCCACAUCUCUGUGUUCACACCGACCCUUGAGAAGACGCAAGAGGGCUUCCCGUGGCAGGUGCGUCCCUGGUGGUGCGGAUGCUGGGCUCUGGGGAGCAGGCUUCUCUGCAUUAGAGUUACAGGCUCCGGAUGGGGUGGGUUUUCCCAGAGCUGGGACUCAUGCAGGGAAUUAGCAAGACACAGCCCUGAUGGGAUGGCCCCAGUCAAAGAAAGCAGCCCGGGCUCCUGGAACUGGUUAAGCCAAAGAAGAGGAGGUGUUGGUUUCCUCCAUUGUAGCUCAGAAACUCCAGCUGUGGGCAUGGCCAGAUUGCAAACCUGUUUUAUUUGGCCUACAUUUAUAAAAAAAAUACAUUCAUGUUAUCUUGUCAUCUUUGGAAGAGUUGAUUCAAACUGCCCAGCUUCUCUUGAAAACUUGAAAGAUCUGUCCACACUGGGCCCAUAUUCACAAGGGCGACCAUUGGCCAGAGCUGAGUAGCAGCUGCCUCCCUCAUCUGGGGCCUGUGCAUUCUGGUUCACCCGGAUUUCUACUUGGUCUGCUUUUCCAUUCACACUACCUUCUGUGCCCCAAAGGCACCCAAGUUUGAGAACCCUGUUCCUACUCUUAGAGGUGAUGUUGUAGGAGGUGCUGGGAACCUGCUGAUUGGUUCUCAGACCAAUGAUCCAUCCUAUCUUGCGUGAACCACACGUUAAUCAAACAGAUCAGUGAUGAAAACUUGCCUUUGCCUCAGCUUUAGGGGAAAAAAAAACAAAAACAGAUCAAAGAGAAGAAUUGCCUGGAAAACCUUAUUGUGGUGAUAAGUAGUAUUAUCAGUGUUAGGUCCUAUUAAGGACCCUCUAAAUGCCUGUGACAGGAAUAGUAGAUAUAGUAUUUCUACUUUUCAUGGCAUCUUUGCGAAGAGAGGAUGGUUAUGCCCUCUUUACGGAUGAGGAAAUGGGCUCAGAGAGGUGAAGUGACUUGCCCAGGGUCACACAGCUUGUAAGCUGAUAGAAUUUCGCAAACAGACUUACUGUCCCAGUAGAAAUGCUAGAUGGGCAGCUUCGUGCUCUUUGGGCUCAGGGGGGUGGUGGAGGGGCAGUUCUGUUUGGCAUCAGAGAGCUGACAGAGCCAGAGGCACCCAUGGGUGGAUGCAUCUCACGAGAUGUAGACACAUCUACACACACACAGCUAGGUCCCUGUAGCUUUAGCUGGAGGGAGGAGAGAGAACCUGAGAUCUCUGAAUGUUCCAGGGGCUAGUCUCGUCUCGGAGUGGCACUGGGGCUUGGGGCCUUCCCUGCCCUCAGCCUCCAGGCGGCCCCAGGAUUCCCAGACAGACACUGUGAUUGGCAGGAGACAGGAUAUCCCCAGGGAAACCCAUCUUCACGCCUGGGUGACCCCUGCUGCCGCCUGCUUCUUAACUCUACAGGAAAUCAGGGCUGGCAGCCUCCUGUGGGAGGAUGGAGCUGGUUUCCAUGGUAACCCUCAGCAGCCUCAUCCUGGCUUGGAAGGGAAGGAAGGAGGCCGGCAGAAAUAGCUCCAGGAAGAUCUCUUGUGCGUGGCUGCUACCCUGAUGUACUGGGGAAAAGCCCUUCUGAUUUUCCCCUUCCAAAUCAGGGCUGCUGUGUCACUGAGGCUAGAUUCUCACCUGUGUUCCAAAAAGGGCCCAUUCCCUUUAAAGGUGACACCUCCUUGGAGCCAAAAUCAUUAGGAAGAGACGAUUCUCCCACCAAGCAGCUCCAGCUGGUAUCGGAGAUAUUGAAGUACAGCUUGGCAGACAAUGCUUUAAACCCACCCUUGUUUUUAAUCUUUAUUCUUUUUUCUUUUCUUCCUUCUUUUAAAAAUAUAAGCUAUAGAGAAAAGGAGAGCUGAGUAGGUUAGCUCUUUGCUCCAGAUUAUUUAGGAAUGUACCCAGACAUCAUUGUAUUUCUUCAUACUUGGCUUUAGAAUCACAAAAUUGCAGGACCUAUGUCAGAAAUACUGUUAGGUUGACCUCAUGGAGUCUUUCUUUACCAUGACCAUGAUUAUUAUUUUUUGCUAUAGUUUGUAUGGUUGUUUACCAGAUAUUUUCCUUUAAACAGUGUCGUUUUUUAAACUUAAAUUUGUUUAAAAAGUGGACUUUUUUUCCGCUGCCGGUAACUAACAACACGUAUCACUUGCUGCCAGAAAUAGAAAGUGACUGUGAAAAGUAAAUUUGCUGGGGAGGGGUCCUCUGUGCUUGUGUCACAGAGGCUCAGAGCCUGGGCUCUGUCUCUUCUCUGUUACAAAAUGAAACAAACAAGUGCUGGAGUGGCGUUAAGACCAUGUGAGCACUACCCUGAGACUCUGUCCUUGACAAUCAUGGGGUGAAAGGCACAGGAAGAGUAAGCUGCCCACCGCAUGGGCGUGCGUUACGCCUGGUGUGAGGGCCACCCAGGGUCCCCUCCUAGCACCAGUGGGUUCCGCCCACAGUAAGCUGGGGACAUCCCACCUGCCCAUUCCCCAGGUGGAGAAACAGGCUCGGGGAGUGGAAUUGGCCCCAUGUCCUUGAUUUGGAUGUUUGUUGUUGUUUUUUAAAGAUGGUGUUUCGUGAGCAGCAGUGACUGUUCCGCCUUGCUGUUUUAAUAAAGAAUUCUAUUUUUGUAUAAUAUCGUCAAGUGGAAAUGUGCGGAAAUAUAUUAAAUCAUCCUUGUUUGUGGAA